AUGUCAACCAGCCGUCGAGGAGGCCCCUCAUUGUCUUGCACAGCUCAGAUACAAAAUAUUCUGGAUGAGGAUCUCAAAACAAAUGUUUCGUAUUUUCCAAGUGAAAUCCUGGUUCCAGAACUUGAGGCAAAUGAAACCAAACUCAAAGUUUGUGCCAUUGAUGAUUAUUAUGGUAUAGUGGGCAUCAAUCAGAAGGACUUUCCUACAAAACUGCAAUCUCGAGUUGAAAAACCUCCAUUUCUGUUCCAUUUGAUUCCACCGGAACGAGAGGAAACAAGCAUGCAAGUCAGAGGGAGACGAAGCGCCCAGCUUAAGAGGGAUAGACCAACCAGGCGCUUGUCUACUGUCUCUGCUGAGAGAAUAACUUACAGUCGUCGGCGUCGAGAUUAA